UUUCAGUAAACGAAAUAUAGUUUUUCAUAUUAUCCAUCACAGUCCUUUUCAGCUUUUCAGCUUUUUCCUCAAUCCCAGUUUUAUUACAGUUGUCUAACAUGAAACUUUUCUUCUUUUUCCCUCUCACUCCAUGAAACAUUUUUCAUUCGCUUUAUUGCCCUCUUGGGCUGUCACAAACAAGUGUGGCCAACUUCAGGCCACGCCCAUAUCAGGCCACACACACUCCCCCCUUGGCCGUGUUUUCCUUGGCAAUGUCUCAUGGCCACGCUGGCCGGCCAAUUUAA